AUGAAUCUUGUUCGGCAGCUGGAUAUUCUUGCAGAUACAGUUUACAUCGAGGUAAUUAGAACUUACCACCAAAUACUUUAGUGGGGUUUUGCUCAGUUUUGUUCUUCGGAGCGUGGGCUCAUUUCCCGGCCAGCGGCUGGUUAUUGAGCCUCCACUCUGAUAGGUAAAAACUAUUAUAAAUGGGUCUCAAGGAAAAAUAAUAAAACAAUGAAAACAGAUUAUGAGGGCGGGGUGGCUUUGACAGUUGACGGUUUAUUUUAUAACAUCCCGUAACAAUAUGAGUCAGUUUCGUGUGAAGAUCUGACGCUUUUUUUUAUUCUUACAGGGUGCUAUUUCCCUUCAUGGAGUCAAAACUAUUCAAAUAUUUGCAAGAGAGAUAAUUUCUUCCCGUGGAAGUAAGGUAGAUUUCUCUGCACCAAAUUGGAACCAGAUGUUUAAAGAAUCAAUUAGGCCUGGAAAAGAUGGAGAAAGUGGGGAACCUGGUAUCACUGGGCCACAGGGUACGUAAUUUAAAGCGUUUACUUACUGGCCUGCAUAGCAACUGCUCGACAAGGGUGCGAGUAGCUCGCGCGCGACUGAGAGAUAGCAGACUCCCUUACCCUUCGCGCGCGGGACUUCUCGCGCGCGAACAUCACCUUGAAUCACCCUUACUUGCAUCGAGCCCUCGCUACGAGAGCUAAAUCAGCCCAGAUAUUGGACACAGGUGAAGAGGCCCUCAAACUCCAAUUCUUUUCCAUUUCAUUCAUUCAUUUUUUAGUUUUAUUUCUCAUUCAUUGACAAAACAGCCUUCCUUUUACGUAGUCCACAUACACUGUGACCACAUCUUUGGGAAACUGGAGGUGAUUUCGAGCGGCGGAAAUGGACACAAGGGACAAGAUGGCGGCGAUGGAGCUGCAGCGAGAGAUAGCAAAGAUGUGGUAAGCAUAAGCGACAGCGGCAAGCACCUUGCAUCAUUAGUUUGACAGAGUCCACUUUACUAUGUUUAUGAUGCGCAGCCGCGUGAGUCCGCAGGAAAUUUUGACCACUUUGGUGACGAAUAUCGUUGCUGCUAAGAAUAAAGACCAAACCACUAUCGACUCGUUUUUUACCACAAUAUCGACGUCAAAAUACUUUUUCUCUCAGUACGUGACACGUUGCGUGACACGUUGAUGCGGACAGCGUUGUCUGUACUCUUAUCAACAAUAGCAAAUUGGCCAAUCAGAUAACGACAUUACUGCAACUUGCGGUAAAACCAAUGACAGGUCACAGCUGACGUCAAAAGGUGUAAGAACAUAAAAGUUACACGCGAGGUGCAGCUGAAUGGAUCACUGAUGUUGUUACCAUAUAGUCAUCUAGUGAUGUUUUCUAAACGCUCAAAGGGCAACACAGCAUAAAUUCGUUUUAUAUCAUUUCAGUUAUUAAUGUCUAAAAUUCGACCUUUCUUAACAAUUUUCUAGCGACCAGAUGUUUCUGCGAGUGUUUGCGCUGGUCGCAGUUAUAAGUGCUAUCGUCGUAGGCACAAUGGACCACCCGGCAUCCGAGGAAAACGUGGACAAAAAGGAGGGAAUGCUGGGAUACCUGGUGAGGCAACGAAUGUAUCAUUUCUUGAUAUAUAUUGGUGUCCAGACUUCUCCUUACAGGUGUCACUGUCCCAGUUCUGCCUGGCUAGAAGCAGUACGUACGGUUUACGUUGAGUCACACCAAGAGACAAUAGUUGCAAACAUACAUGAUAAAUCAGGAAAUGGAAUCGGUUUUCGUAUGAAAGGGAAAAGUAAAGUUAGAAUUUUGUGUUAGACAAAUAACUAGGGUUGGACCUUUAUGAAUAAUGCAAAGCUCGGUAUAAUCGAUAAUUCUCGCCAUCAUGCUCAAUUUCAUCCAGUAAAAUUUAUAGUUUUAAGUCUGUUUACAAAUUUUGAAACUAAACUUCCGUGAUAUAUGAAAUUUUGUAAAUUUUGACCUUUUAAAAAGUGUGUGCAAAUAAAAUUGUGCGAGAGUUUAUUAUCUCUUGCACUUUGUAGAAAUGUCGCGUGAAACUACAGACAACAAACGCACAAGCAGCUCAUUAUGCAAAUGAAAACCAUGUUAUCAUGUAACCGCCUACGCAUGUGUGACAGGGCUAUUCUCGGCUAUCCUUACAAUCAUACGAAAUAGGACUUGACACGUGGACUUUAAUUUUCGUCCUAGUCCCCCACAUCCCAUGUAAGAGUGAUGAGAAGGUUUGCGUUAGGAAACGAUGUACUCGAACCUACCGUCCAUAGACUAGACUUUGUUUAAACACUACUCCAAACAUUGACUAAAUAAGUUAACAAUUUUUUUAGGGAGUGGAGGACAUAACGGACGUGUAUUCAUCCACUCUGGAAGGUUAAACGGCCAAGUUACUAUUCAUUCAUGCAUAGGUCAUGGGGCUCAGCCGGCCAAGAACGGGGUCGGUGGAAAAGGUGAAAGGUUCACUAUGAUCAUUGGACAAAAGGACUAAUGAACAGCCAAUGAACAAGGGGUUAAAACAUCGACGUGCACGUGAAUACGCAGGGGUUCAAAAGAAUACUAUAUAACAUUGUAAACGUGCUUUUCUUUAGGUUUCCUUUAAUUUAUGAAUUCGCUUUCAUCAAGCCUGAAACGCUUUUGUCGUAGUUAUGGUAAGCUAGUUCGUUCCCUUUUCAUUAUUUCUCGUCAAGUUGCAAUUAAAGGUUAGUCUUGUGAACAAUAAUGCAACUCCUUUCAUAAUAACAUUAUCUAGGUGACUACUGUGGCACCGAAAAAAAAAGCUAAAAUUCCUGCCUUGAAAUAAAGAAUAGGCAGUGUGAGCUCGGUAUGGUGGGAAUUUGUCUGAGAAAGGAGAAGCGAGGUUAGAUUUCAGCGACUGAGUACUCUAAACGUUUUUUGCUUUGCAUAGUCCUCAACAGUUACUUUGCUCGUGCAGACUUGGGCUUCUUGGGAGCAGUGACGUUAUCGAGAGAGACUUAACCGAAUCAUUCCCAACUUCACCUAAAAAACAGGAAGAGAGGGCGCAUGUAGGGGCUAAGUAGGCUAUUGGUCACCCUAUUGAUUCACGUGACGUCGCAGUUUGCUAAAUAGGAUUAUUGUUCCAGGUGGUGCUGGUGGUCUCGGAGGGAGAGGAAGGGAAUGUACAUUUCUCAAGUACGUGUUCAAGUGUGCCACUGCAAGAAUGAUUGGAAGAGGUCCCCAGGGAAAACGUGGUCCAGAUGGAACAUCGGGAAAUAGUAAGUUUUACAAAGACACUGGAACCUUAACUAAUGGUAAACACUCGGGAAAGAGUAGAUGUCUCCCAAAAAGAUGUGUCCAUUCUGUAAAGCUUAAGGUUAUUGGCACAAUCUUUAUACAGUGGGACUUUCCUACUAGUGAUACCCUCAAAACUACACAAGGUGUCCCUUUAAACGAUUGUGUCCUAUCAAUGAAGGUAACAGAUUCAUAGGUUAUAUGCUGGGGAACUUCUAUUUAGGGCACACUGUUGGAACUUUAAAAAGUGUCCCCUAAAUCGAGAGAUCCCUGUAGAGAAGGCAACAUGUGCAAAUGUUAUAGAGUGGCAACUACAUUUUAGGGGACACCCUUGAGACUAGGAGGAGUGUCCCUUGAAUAGUCCACGUUUACAGUAAUAACUAUCCUUCGGCAAAGGAGAAAUUUUCCGUUGCUCUCACGAAAGUACAUUCACAUAACAAAACAUGCGUUCAACUUCAACAUUUUAAAACCAAGAAUAUCAAGAAGAGUCUCGUAAAUUUGUUUCUGCACAAAAGGUGAAAUUCUUUGUCGCGACGUUCUAUCUAAAAUCAAUAAUAGAUUCUUCAUUUACCAAGCUUGGUCGAUAAAGAUGACUCAAUAUCACCUCAUGAAAACGUAAUAAUGAAUCGUGGCUGUAACAGAAAAGGACUGCAGUGCAGGUCAGUUGAUAUCCAGCCAUCUUUACCAAACAAACUUGGCUGAUUAAAAAUAUCAGAAGCUCGCAUAUUUCUGCGCAUUUUGAUUUCUUUUUUCCUUUCAGCGCCUUUAACUCCGGGUAGGGAUGGUUCUUUCCAAGCACCACCCAUCUAUCGAAGCGGGGAACUGCAACCAAAAAUAAAAAUAAAGUAUCCUCUGGAUCUCCUUCAUGUCAUGCACAGACAGGCUGAGGACUUGUUACUAAGCAAUAGUCACAGUCACAAAGGCAGAGCCGCUUUGAAAUUCAUACUGAGCCUGGCGAACGAUAGAAGUGACGCGGAAGAUAUCAAAAAAGGUGAAAAGGUUAAUUUAUAUGCACCAAUGGGCACGCGUGAUGCUAAGGAUUCUCACACCUUUCCGACUGAGGGCUUAAAGGAGAUAAUUACCCUUCGUUUUAAACCUAACCAUUGCGUAGUCUGACCAACCAAUCAACUAUUUGACAUUUAAUAACCUCUCGAUCAUUCUGAGUAUUGAAUUUCUCUGUUGAUAUAACACAACGUGUAAGUCACGAAAGCGUCAAGCUCUCCUGAAUCUUGCUCAACUCUUACGUUUGCUCGAUCGUUGGGUUGAAUUUUUAACAAUGUAUACGCUAAUGUAUGAAUUUCGCCCUCCCCCCCACACCUCAAAAAAAAAGGAAACGAAGUGGUUCUUGCAUAGCUCGUUGGCACAAACAAACUUUGAGGCAUUCUCAACAGCGUCUUGAGUUUCAUUAAUGAAUUAAUUUGAUUUGUGACAAUACACUUGAAAGCGGUUGUUAAAAAAGCUUCAUAAUUAUGAAAAAUAUCAGGAUAUUGAACAUGCGCUUGCAGUAAUUUCCCUAUGGUCCCUAUCGAUAUGUUGAAUUAGCCAAUAUUAAAACAAGUAGAAGAUAACUCUUAAUCUUUACUACAGACGUCAGGAGAAAGCUGGGUUUCCUGGGCAAAAAAGGCUACGACAUUUUUGGAAAGAACGUCCUGUUUGCCCCGCGUGUCAAGUGGGAAGCCCUCGAGGGAUCAGUAGAGAAUGUCAGAAAGGCGGCUGAAAUUUACGAAGAAGCGUUUAACGAUAUCACGUCUACUGAGCAGAACAACCAAGAUUUCAAAACGGUCAGCAGUGAUAUUAGCUAAGUUAAGAAAUAAAUAACACCUUGAAAGCAGCUUAAGAUUUUAACUUACCGUUCAAUUUUUGUAAAGAGCGUCGUGAAGGCUCAUGACUUAUUACCACGAGAAUUGCCUUUCCUUUUUACAUGCAAUCCACUCCCCGACAAAUUUCCAGGUGGACUGAUUGUCGAAAUAAGAGUUGAUUCAGUAAGCGACCGCUAAUAUUUGUUAUCCAAUCAGUAUAGAACUAAAUCUUUAGAAUUAACUUUCGAGAAGGCUACGGCCCCUAGAAUAUCGAUCGUUUUUUAAAACUGAUGAAUCUUAAAGAAAAAGUAGGCUCCUUAUGCCACGUAGCUAUUAUCUCCGACAUUAAAUAGUACAUUUAUGAACAUUUAUUGCUUACCGUGUUUUGAGAUUCCAAAAAGUAAUCUAACCGUUGGAAAAUUGUCUUCAAUUCCAAGAUGGCUGCUAAAAUGUCAUCAGUGUCAGAGUUACAAGUCAAGGCAGAAGCUGAUAGGCUCAACGGAGCCCGAGACAGCGCCAUGUCCGAAAAGAGGACGUAUGUCAAGGUAUUCAUGCAUAUACCUUUUUCAAUGUUAACUAAAGGAUAAUUUGUCUUACUUUUGCUUAAGUUUUAUGCAGAUACUUUCCCAAUGAAUUGGAUGGUUGAAACAUUCGCCAAUCACAAUUGGUGAAAACCAACAGAUCACUGCGAUGCAUUUUGAUUCGUUAAGUGUCGGGUUAUCUAUAGAUUAAAACAAAAGCCGUCAAUCGUCAGAGCAUUUCUUCAAUCUCGUACCCAGAUCCUAACGUUUAGCUGUAACUGAUGUGUACGACAACAACCGCUUGGCUGUGGAAGGCUUGGGAACGAGACUAGUAUUUGAUAAGUGUCCGGCUGUUGAUUCUCAACUCAAAAGUGAAGCUUCUCAACGGUUACAUCCGGUUGAAAUGAGAAGCUCGGGUUUGUUGAGUGGACAGAAAUGCCAUAUGGCCAUGGAGUGAAAAAUCAGAAACAGAAAUUAAAUAUGCGCGUUUGAAUUAGCAGCAAACGAGGUGCAAACUCUUGAAAGCAAGCAGGAAAGAGAUUGAAAUGAAUAAAUGGGAAUGGAAAGAGGUCGAACAAAUAUACAUAAAGAAAUCGAAACAGAAAUAAGAAAGUUAAGACAGAAGAAAAAUGGAAUAUUGAAAAAGUGAUUAGAAGGGAGGAAAGAGGAAAUAUAUAAGUAAGUGUAUUGCGUGAAAAUGUAAUGAAAAUCCUUUUCUCAAUCUCUAAUGACUUAUCGUUAAUAUUCCUCUGCAGUCAAUUCAGCAACUAGAGGAACAACUAGCCAGUUUACUUCUUGAACUAAAACAAAUGUUGCCUAAUGUUUAUGACCAAGCAAAAUUCAAUCCCGAUGACUUGUUAGCGAUACUUCAGGGUAUUACUGGGUUUGUUGGAGCAAUUAAAGGUAAGGACCCUUUGGAUUUUAUCGACACAGCUCUUGGCCUGGCUGGAUCACAGUCCGGAAAGCAGUGUCUUGGUUCUCUUGAAAGCAACCUGGGAAGUAUCAAGAAAUGGUUGACCUUUGGGAAGGUUUACACUCCCCUUGUUGAUUCUAGCGACUUAGACUUCGACAAACUCGAUGUUGCUUCUGUGCCUGAAAUAAUGCAGGUACGGAAUCUCUUUGUGAUCUUGAUUAGAAAUGCUAUGAGCCCACCAUAAAUGCAAUCGUUUAUACUUGCAAAGGUUCAAACCAAAGACAAAGAAACCAGUUCCUAUGUUCAUCCUUUUUUUUUUCCGAAAAGAAAUUUUUUCUCCGCGCUGCUUCAAAUAGACAAGAAAGACAAUUAAUCUUAUACCCCCUCUUUGUCAAUGGCUGCUUCACGCAUCGGUAAGCACCGGCGUCAACUUAGCAAUGAUCCACCUAGUUCGUCAAUAGCUCUUAACUUUUUUCUUCUUUUUUUUCCUUGCUUGAAGGCCAAUCUUGAGAUGAACAAGGAAAAACUCGCAGCCGAAUUAGUUUGCCUCUUAGAUGUGGCCUCCAGACCUCAAGACAUUGCUGGGUUCAAACAAGUUAUGGAGUCAUUUUUCAUCGCUGGAACAGCACGCAUUGAUUUGAUAGGAAAAGUUAUGGACCUCGAUAACGAAAUCGGGGGGUACAGCUUUGAUAUCCCUAUCCUAAGAGAAACACAGAAGGCCAUAACUGAUAUUGGUAAAGCGAAAGGUAAAAACUAGUCAUAUAUGGCUAACCCAAUAGUUUCCAAGUGUGAUUCCUAAUUGAUAUGUACCUUAUAAAGAUAUACAGUGUAGGGUUUAGCACAGCCUAUAUGACCUCUCGUCGUAGUCUGUUUAGCGUGCAAGCAGGCUCUGGUGUUUGGGUCACCCCUUUCGGCUCCUUUUCCAGACACAGCCACCUAUUACGCCAGUGGCAGCCGUUUAUGGUAAAAGUUACUUUUAUGGAAAAAAAAACCUGUAUAUUAAUUGCGAAGCACACCGAAUAUGGGAAUGUGGGAAAGACGAUACAUGGAAAAUAAAUGCAAAUCUUUAAAAAGAGCACAAUUAAUUUUAGAGGUUAGAAGUGGAUCUAUGCCUUCUGCUCGAAGAGAAUACGGUCACCUCGUACCAUGCAAACUUUGUCCGUUCGAGCAAAAAUAAGGGAGCGCUGUCCUUCAACGAUAAAAGCCUGAGUUAGCAUCAGAUGAAUGCGUGUGUGUUAACGUAUCCUUUUUCUGGCUCUUUUCUAGUUUUGGUUGUUUGUUUGUUCGUUUGUUUGUUGUUAUUUUGCUUAUUUUUUAAGAACAAAGAAGAAAAACUAACCAGUUACCGAAUUUACUGCACAGAUACUCCUAUCAGCAAAACUCUGCAACAGACCUUCCUGGAACAUCUUCUCAGCACAUACAGAGAACUGGAACGAUCAUUCAUGAAAAAGGUGUACGAGCUUUACAAAGCCUUCCAGUUUCGUACACUCUGGGAGGGAAACAACCCGCUCUCUUCCUUCCAAAGAGUGGCCAGUGAAAGCGCGCGGGGGACUGGGCGCCUCAAUGGUGCUGUCCAGUUAACGGAAGUGCUUCGUAAGACGAAGGACAUUCAAGACAAGGCUAUGCUUUGUUUCACUAACAAUAUUUAUACCACUGAUAUCAUGAAGUGGAGUUUUGACAACGUUAAAGACAAAGAGGUAAGUACAUGUCCAGUGCAAUACCGCAAAAAAAUACAAGUUCCUCUCAGGACUGCUUCUCUACAUAUUUCCUAAGUGCUGACAAGGAGAACGUGUUAAACAAUCAAGACCUUCUUUAGUUGGUGAUCAUUUUCUUUAUUCUCUUGACCUUAAUGUUUGAUUCAGAGGGUUGUUUUGUAAGGAGAAACUAGAUGCUAGUCACUUUUAGGGAUUAAAUUUUAACUACACUACGAAGAGGAAGAAAAAAAAUUGGUCGCCGAAGAGAUGCUGCGGUUCAAACGCAAUAUGCAUGACCAGUACCAUGUCUUUAUAAAGGAGUAAAGAGAAGACUUCUUAUAUCUUUUUUUAAUUUCAGAUCUUUCAAGAGCUGUACAAAGGUCACACCAAAUUCAGUCUCGACGUCAAAAACAGUUGUACCUCGUGUUACAACAUUCGUCUGCUAAAGGCGAGACACAGUUAAUUUCUCAGCAUUGUCAUCUUUACAUUUCCUGUAUUCCCAAAUUGUGACUUUCUGUUAAUGCAAUUUUUUUCCUAUUCAUUAUUUCUGCUUUCAGAUUUAUGUUGA